AUGUCUAGCUCCUCUUUGGCGUCGGCCACCACGAAGGCGGCGCCGCCGCAGCCGCCGGGGCCGGUGGCCCAGGCCCCGGCGCCGUCGGCGCCCGGGCUACUGCCGGUGGGGCGGGUCAAGUCGCUGGAGGCGGCCAUCGAGGCGGACCCCUUCGAUGUGGCCAGCUGGGAUGCGCGGCUCAGGGAAGCCAUCCAGGACGGCAAGGCGGAGGCGGUCUUCGAGCGGGCUGUGAAGCAGCUCCCCUACGCCGCCCGAAUUUGGGCCGCCUAUGCGGAAUGGAGCGAGAUGCAGGACUCUGCGGCGGCGCUGGGGGUGUACAGCCGCUGUUUGCAGCAGGUGCCCAACAUGGACCUGUGGCUCUCCUUCCUCAACUUCUCCAAGCGCCACCAGACCUUGGAGGAGGUGCUCAGGUCCUACGGCCGCGCGGUGGACCUGCUGGGCAGCGACUGGCGCGCAUCGCCGAUUUGGUCGGACUACCUGGCGCUGCUGAAGCAUGCCUACAAUGUGCAGCAAAAGAAGGAAAACCCGGACGCCGAGCUCCAGGGCAAGCUGCUGGCGGAGGACCCCAACCCCAUCGACACGGCCCGGCGCACGCUGAAGAAGGAGCUCAAGCAGAAACAGGAGGAGACCGGCCGCGCCUCGGCCGACAUCUCCGACGCGGAAUUCCUGCGGGUCUCAGACGUGCUGAAGAUCGACCAGGAGUUCAUCCGGAAAGUCUUCCAGAGGUGUGCUGGGGCUUCUCACAGCACCAUGGAUAAGCUGUGGGUGGGCUACGAGCAGUUUGAGAAGUCCCAGGGGAACCCAGCCCUGGCGGCCAAGUACAUGUCCGAGCACAUGCCUCGCUAUGUGAGAGGCAAGGCCGCCUACAAGGAGUUCAGCCAGCUGGGCGCCGGCAUUGACUACUACGCCGUGGCGGUGCCGCUGGCGCCGAAGACGGCGGCGGAGCAGAAGAAGCAGUUCGACAAGUGGACGGCGACGCUGCGCUACGAGCGGACCAACCCGUUGCAGCUGGGCAGCGAUGAGCUCACGGCGCGGGUGGCCCUGGUCUACCAGCAGGCCUCCUUGUGCUGUGGCUUCUUCCCCGACCUCUGGUACGACUUCUCAGCGUGGCUGGACCUGGGCAAGAAGGAGGCAGAGGCGACGGAAGUGCUGCGGAAGGGGGUGGAGCGCUUUCUGCCUAAGGACCUCACGCUGCGGCUGCUGCUGGCCCAGCGCUAUGAGUUAGAACCAGUGCAGCUCGAGGCAGCGGACGACGCCUACCGGAAGCUCAUGGAGGACAUGCCCAGGCCCUGCCCGCUGGCCCUGAUCAACUUCCUGGGCUACGUGCGGCGGCAGCGCGGGGCCAACGACUUCAGGGAUACCUUCCUGGAAGCCACGGAGUCCUCGGCCCACUGCACCUGGGAGGUGUAUGUCUUCGCCGCCAUGACCGAGUACCACGUCUACGGCGCGGUGGAGGCGGCCGCUGGGGUCUUCCGCCUGGGCAUGGAGCGAUACGGGGACAGAGAGCCCGCGCUCCUGGCGGCCUACGUGAACUUUCUCAUAGGAUGCAACGACCUGCGCAGCGCCCGUGCCGAGCUCUCGCAGGGCGUGCUGGAAAGGCUGCAGCAGGCGGUGCGGGACCGCUUGGCCAACCGGGACGAGAGCCGACCCUUGCGGGAGAGCUUGUCCUUCCUCUGGCAGAAGUGGGCCAGGUUGGAGAACUACUUCGGGGACGCCGAGGCGGUGCGGCGCGCCACGUCCUUCAGAGAUUCCGAAUAUCGAAGUCUCCAGCGGGACUUGGAAGUGGACGAGGAGAACAUCCUGCAGACGCCCAUCUCCUUGGGCUUGUCCACCUCCAUCCAAGAGGCGGAGGAGAGCUUCCGGUUUCUGCACCUCGUGCCCAGGUCCACGCGGCCCCCGGAGCCCGUCCAGGCAGAUGUCAAGGCGCAGGACCAAGAGGUGGCCGACGCCGAGGGGGACUUCCGGCGCCUGGGGGGCGCGCAGAAGGCGGUGGGCCACGCCGCCAACAUCGCGCGGCCGGACACGGCGAAGAUGCUGGCCUUCAAGCCGGCGCUGGAUGUGGUGAGCGCGCGCCAGCGAGACGUCGAAGCGCGCCUGGAGCGCAAGGCGCAGGAUGCGCAGCUGCCGGUGAUGAUCCCCAAGUGUCUGCAGGAUCUCCUGGCCGUGCUGCCCUCCAGGCCAAUGAAGGGCGCCAAGCCUGACGUGGACUACUUGUUGACCGUCCUCCAGACGGUGCCCAUACCUCCAGUACCCGUAAGGGAACUGGACACCUUUCGCUACGACAGCCUGCGGCUCUUGAAAAGCGAGGAGGACCGCGAGCGCUUUAUGAACGACGACGGCGACGGCUUCUUCAGCGCCCGGUCCACCUACCGAGAGAGGCUGCAAGCGAAACGUCAGAAGGUCCUGGUGGAGCAGCACACCAAGCAGGAAGCCUGA